ACAUUUCCAUCCAUCCUUGAGGGAAGCCAAGGCAGGCACUCAGAGACGGUGGUAGAAGGAUGUUGCUUACUGGCUUGCUUUCCAUAGCUUGCUCAGCCUGCUUUCUUAUACAACCCAUGACCAUCAGCCCAGAGGUGACAUCACCACCCACGGUGGGCUGGGCUCUUCCACAUCUGUCAUUGAUUAGGGAAAUGUCCCCUUCCCCUGCCCAGAUUUGCUCUCAGGCUAGCCUGAUGGAGGCAUUUUCUCAACAGAAGUAUCCUUUUCUCAGAGGACUCUAGUUUUCUGUCAAAUUGACAAAGAAAACUACCAGAAAACUAGUCAAACCCCAUCGCUGUGCAGCCCUUCUGUUGUCCACAUUGUAAGAGAAUGGCACUAUAUUUAGCUGUGGAGGCUUUUUAACUUCUUGUUUCAUGCCUGAGAUACAUUGGAGUUUGAAUUUUGUUUUAUCUGCAAAAGCCCCUCUUAUUCCAUCAGUCCUCUUACAUGGAUGAUUAAGAGAAGUCAAUACUGAAUGAGAAGUUUGUUGUUUUAGGUUCUUCUUUCUUUUUAAUGAGAAUUGGACCAAAUUGAUGAAGAUGUGCUAAUAGUGACUUUGGAAGUAAAUAAGAUGUAUUCAUGGCAUACAAAUUGAAUUUGAUGAGAGUUUUAAGUUAUAUCAAAAGCGUUCAAAAACAAAUCCCUGGUCAGGAGCAAAGUUAUGACCUAUAACAGUAUAUACUGUACUGUACUAAACAUUAAAUCUGAAUUUAACAUGAGCCAGUAAGAAAUGCAGAGAUACGUUAAUUUCACGUGAGUCAAAUGCAGAACAAGAAAGGUUUGAAGUUCAUACAAGUAUUGCAGGUUGUAUGUGUAUGUGUGGGUGUAUAGAACAAAUAUUUUGAUUCCUUCAGAACUAGAAGUUGCAGGUAGUCAAAAAUUCUUAAGACAUUAAACAAAAUUUUCCAAUUUUCUUCCUAGUCAUAGAAUAAGAACUUAAUAUUUUGACAUCAAAAAGUACAGUAACUUUUCUAAUUUAAAAUACAGUUAUCCCAUGUUCUUGUGAUACAUAGCUCAUUACAUCACACCUUCUUUUAUUGUUUUUGUUGUCUUUUUUUUAAAUUGAGGCAGGAUCUCACUGUAUAGACCAGACUGGCCUUGAAUUCAAGGAGACAUCUGCUCAUCUCUACUUACCCACUGCUGGGAUGAAGGGUGUGUGUCACCGCACACAGACAGUCACAGCUUCUUAAAACAGAGUGUCAACCACAUCUGGGCUCACAUUCCUGGAGUUAUAACAUCAUGGCGGGGAGGAAUCAGAAUCGGACUAUUUCCCUCCCAGGAAUUCAGGCCAGUGGCCAUGUACAUACUUUUGGGAAUUGUACAGACAAUGACAUGUUGGAAGAAGAUGCUGAAGUCUACGAACUUCGGUCCCGGGGAAGGGAGAAGGUUCGACGAAGCACAUCGAGAGAUAGACUUGAUGACAUCGUUAUAUUAACAAAAGAUAUCCAGGAAGGAGACACUCUAAAUGCAGUAGCCCUUCAGUACUGCUGUACGGUAGCAGAUAUCAAAAGAGUUAACAAUCUCAUCAGUGAUCAAGACUUUUUUGCUCUUAGGUCUAUCAAAAUUCCAGUUAAAAGGUUUAGUUCUUUGACUGAAACUCUUCACCCUCUCAAAGGAAGACAAGUUUUGCAUCCUCCACCUGUUCCGUAUUUUCAAGAGCAAGACAUUGUGCCAGCUGAUGAUUCUCUUUCUUCCAGUGAGUCAGCUGGCAGUUUCCUAAAAGAAGUGGAUCGAGACAUAGAACAAAUAGUCAAGUGUACAGACACCAAGAAGGAGAACCUGAAUGAAGUAGUGUCUGCCUUAACAGCACAGCAGGUCCGAUUUGAACCUGAUAACAAAAGCAUUCACCGAAAGGAUCCGUAUUACGGAGCAGACUGGGGGAUUGGUUGGUGGACAGCUGUCGUGAUAAUGUUGAUAGUGGGUAUAAUAACACCAGUGUUUUACUUGCUGUAUUAUGAAAUUUUAGCUAAAGUGGACGUUAGUCACCAUUCAACAGUAGGUUCUUCACACUUGCAUUCAGGACUCACGCCUCCAUCACAGCACAGAGAGAUGGAAAAUGGAAUUGGUCCAACAAAAGGAAUACCUGUUGGUCAACAAGAUGACCACAAACUAUAUAGGCAAGAUCCUCAGGCACCUGAUGCUCAACACAGAACGUAACAGUGAGCUACAAUCAGUGUUAGUGGUCAUGUGUGCAUAUGGAAUAUGGUGACUCACGUAUAUCCUACAAAUUCUUCGAAGUCAGAAUCUAGGAACAUCGAAGAUGGGUUGUUUUUACCUUUCUAAAAAUUCCUGAGCUUUUUUACAAAUGGAUUAUCUAUAACACCUGCAUAUGCUAUAUUGAGGCUGGUCAGUCCAUACACUUGCUGUAUCAGUUCUUAAAGCAGAAAUCAAUUUAAAUGUAUAGCUAGCAAUCCUCACUUAGAAGAUGCUGUCAUUUUUUUUUUGAUUAGUUAGUUUAAAUUUUAUCUUUUAAAAGAUUGUUUUUUAAUUUAAGGUUGUUCAUGGCAAGGAUUCCAAAUGCUGACAACUGAAGAAAAUUUGAUCCCAUACCUACUACCAAAAUACUAAUUGUAAAAGUUUUAAUUCUAAAAUUAUUCCUGAUACCAAGUACUUAACACUUAAAUUUAAAACUUUAAAAACAUGUUUAGCAUAUGUGCUAUGAAAGCAAAUGUAGAAACAGAUAUGGAAACAGUUUAUAAUUUGUGUAAUACAGGUUAAGAAAUAGAUUAAAUAUUUUAAAACCCCCAAAUAAUGUCUUUGGGUUGGAAACUUCCCAUUUGAUCACAAGGACACUGAAAUGGGUCAAGGCCUAUUCCUUAAAAAAAAAAAAA